CUAUAAUUUUGUAUGUGGAAGCCAAUGAAAAAGCCGACCUAGUUAUUCUGCUAACUUGAAGAUUCGUUAGUAUAUACUAACUGAUAUCCAAAAUGUAUGAACUAAUAUUCAAGUCUGCUAAGUAUCUAGAUAGCACAGACUAGUAUUUAAAACAUCACAAACUAGUAUCCAGAUAGCAGAUACCAACCAAUAUGGAUACUCUUAUGGGUUAUCUGAAUACUCUUAUGUGUUAUCUGGAUACUAAUUAUGUGCUGUUUGGAUACUAUUCUGUGUUGUCUAGAUAUUAGUUUGUGAAUUUGGGAUAAUAGUGAUUCAUGAUGGAUAUCAGUUAGCAAACUUUGAAUACUAGUCUGUGCUCUCUAGAUACUUUAGUACUUGGAUAUUAGUUCAUGUAUUUUGGAUAUCAGUUAGUAUCUGCUAACGAAUCUUCAAGUUAGCAGAUUAACUUUCCCCAAUUGACGUUUUGUUUUUGUUUUUGUGCAAGUCUAAUGGAAAGAUAACCGAGUUUUAACAAAAUCAUCAUCUGAUCCAACCUGCCGACUACAAAAGCGGAUACAACGAAAAUUUGCUCUCGAACCUAAAUGAGACAACACCAGAUUCAACCCGCUUUAACCAGGUCGAUUGUUUGAUUUUUAGUUGCUAGCCAUAUUGAAAGAGACCUAGCAAGUAACAAAAUCUACACCCGGCUCAAUCCAUCAACUACAAAAAGUAGGUAAAACUUGCUCCGACCCAAAACUUGUCAGAAUCAGGUUCAACUCGCUCAAUACAAAAGUGGGUAAAACUUGCUCCCGAAUCAAAACUCGUCACACCGAAUUCACAUGCUUUGAUUAGGCUGAUUGUUUUGUUUUUUAGGUGCGGGUCGAAUGGAAAGCGGACUGAGUUUUUGCAAAAUCCACACGCCACGCAACCCACCAAUUACAUAAGUAGGUAAAACACGCUCCUACCCAAAACUCGUGAAAUUAGGUUGAAUAUCCAUGGAUUUUGGUUCAAUUGUCAUAAAAGCAAAUACAAUGAAAGUUUAGAUGACACUUAAAUUUUGAUUAAGCAUUUGACCGUGUCGAUUAUUUUGUUUUUCAGGUGCGGGUCACAUGGAAGGUGGAUCUAAUUUUUAACAAAUCCACACCUACCAAGGGAUUUUUCCAAAAGUAGUGUUGUUUUAAAAAAAAUUCCAAAAAUAGCACCCAACUCCAAAAAAUUACAAAAAUAGCACCCUUUCUGCAAAACCGCCACCCGUACCAGCGGUUUAGGCAAAAACCACCACCCGGGGAUGCGUUUUUCGAUGAAAACCAGACUGGUAGGGGGCGGUUUUGCAGAUCGCACCCCCACCAUGCGGUUUGGUUGCAGACCACACCCGCACCACGCGGUCUGCUUUUAUUUUUUUAUUUUUUUAUUUUUUUUGAAAAAUCCUAAUCUAGGUGGAAACUUCAAACAAACGUAUCUUUGUGUUCGGUUAUCCGAUCGUCGCGAUUUUUUUUAUUCCGCAUAACCUUUUGAGAUCUUGCAAGCCAAAGACUGCCGAAGGUGGUUUGGUCCCGCCUUCGUCCUAAAAAAUGUCGUUUGCUACCCCGAACGAGCUUUUUUCCGAUUUCGUCAAACUUUGGACAACCAUAACUUUGAGCUUCAAAAUCCAAACAACAUGAAAAAAAAAUUUAUUUCGCAUAAAUUUUUAAGGAAUAAAACUUUUAUCAUACACAUAAUUUCAAAAUGUACGUGGAUUGCUGAGAAGGGGAGGUAAGCUAUUCCCAAAAUCCUGUAUAUCCAAAAAUAUUUUGAAAAUUCAUUCCCAGUAAAAAUUGUAGUCCUUAAAAAGUUAUGCGAAAUAAAAAAAAAAAUUCUUGUCGUUUGGAUUUUGGAGCACAAAGUUAUGGUUGUCCAAAGUUUGACGAAAUCGGAAAAAGCUCAUUCGGGGUAGCAAAGGACAUUUUUUGGGAAGAAGGCGGGACCAAACCACCUUCGACAGUCUUCGGCUUGCAAGAUCUCAAAAGGUUAUGCGGAAUAAAAAAAAAUUCGCGACGAUGGGAUACCCGAACACAAAGAUACGUUCGUUUGAAGUUUCCACCUAGGUUAGGAUUAAAAAAAAAAACAGACCGCAUGGUGGGGAUGCGGUCUGCAACCAAACCGCAUGGUGCGGGUGCGGUCUGCAAAACCGCCCUCUACCAGUGCGGUUUUCAUCAAAAAACGCGCUCCCGGGUGGCGGUUUUCGCCUAAACCGCUAGUACGGGUGGCAGUUUUGCAGAAAGGGUGUUAUUUUUGGAAUUUUUCGGAGUUGGGUGCUAUUCUUUGAAUUUUUUUUUAAACAGUGCUACUUUUGGAAAAAUCUACCCAACCUGUCAAUUACAAAAUAUGGUAAAACUCGCUUCCGAUCCAAAACUCGUCAACACCGCGAUUAAGCAGGCCAAGUUUUAAACAAAACUCACACCCUAACCAAACCAUAAUUACAAAAAAUGGGUUUGUUUUGUUUUUUAGGUGCGGUUUGGAUCGAAAAUGGUCUGAGUUUUUAACAAAAUACACACCCAACCCAACCCAUAAAUUACAAAAGCGGGUAAAACUCGCUCCCGACCCAAACUCAUGAACAAAGGGUUCAACUCAAUUUGACCGGUCAAAUUAGUUGAAUGCCUAUGAAUUUUAUUUAAGCACUUGACCGAGUUGAUUAUUUGUUUUUUAGCUGUAGGUUGGAUGGAAAGCAGAGCGAGUUUUAAAAAAAAUGCACACCUAAUACAAAAGCGGGUAAAUCUUUCUCUGAAUCAAAACUCGUCAACACCAAUAAAAUUUUGAUUAACGGGGCCAUACUUUUAACAAACACCAUAUCUAGAGCUUGUUUGCUUCAUGGAUUUGGAUUCAUGAUGGACUUUGUCCAAAAUCUAUUGUUCGCUUCAAGUAUUUAGAGGUAACAAAUCUGUCGGACCCAUGGACUUUGAGGAUCCAAAUCUGUGGGGCCUACGAAUUUGAAAAUCCCACCAGUUAAGGUGGGAAUUGAUCAUGUACUUCAAAGUCCAUAAUAUUCUACCAAACCUACCUCUCAUAUUUUCUUUCUCUUCAUAUAUCAUUGAGGGCAAUAAAAGUAAGUUACACUUCAUACAUACAAAUUUAAUUAAUAAAAUCCAUCAUGAAAUCCAUUAAACAAACAAUGGUGUUUAUCAAAUCCAUAAUGCACCCAAAACCCUCAUGUAUCCAUGGUUUUUCAAACCAAAUAUAUUCGUACUGUUUUAUAACAAAAGCUGGUAUAUGUUUUGUUUUUAAAAUGCGAGUAUGACAGAAUUCAGUUCGAGAUUUAAUAAAAUCCACAUCCAACCAACCCGACAAUUACAAAAAUGGCUUUCUUAGAUGAGGGUCGGAUGGAAAGCAGUACGAAUGUUUAAUAAAAUCUACAAGACCCAAUCUGUCAAUUACGAAGCUGGUAAAUCCCGCUCCCAACCCAAAACUCGCCAACACCAUGAAAUUUAUGAUGAAGCGGUUCGAGUUUUUUUUUAAGGGUGAUAUAAUAAUAUUAUUAAUGAUCAAAAUAAAAAAAACAAACAACGGAAAGUGGAUCAACAUAGAAAGAAAAUGCAUAAACAUGACAGGUCUUAACAAAAGAGGCUGCACCUCGAUCACAUCCACAAAAUCAUAAAGAAAAAAAGAAGAAUCUCCAGAAAAAGGUGCGGCGAGUUUUAACAAUUCAAACAUGAUCCCACCCGUUAAGUACAAAAGUAGGGUUUUUUUUUUAGAUGCAUGUCGCGGGCCGAGUUUUUAAUAAAAUCCACAUCUGACCCAACCAUUCAUUUACAAAAGCAGGUGAAAUUCACUCUUGACUAAAAAUCAUAAACACCGAGUUCAACUCGCUUUCACUACAUCAGUUGGGUUUGAGUUUAAUUGAAAUACUAUGAAAGUCUAAAUGUUACUAAAUUUUUUAUCAAUUUAAUAAAAAAUUUAUUGAUUUGACAAUAAUAAAUAGUGUCCCUCACAAGUCACAACCCUCUUAUAUAAUGUUUAUGUAUAAUGUAGAAUAAUAUAAUUGAAAAAGGAAAACCAGCGCAUCUCACUUUACACAAUAAGAUAUAUGCUUACAAUAUCCUAGAUUCCUAACCAUCAUCUUAACUAAUCCACCGACACUUGGUCUAUGAUUUCCACUAUAAUAAUCAUAUGUCCAAGGAGGAAAAAGAACAUAAAGAACCAAACAAAUUUGCUGAAGGAAGUGAUCAGCAAAUACAUAUGAAAAGUAUACAUAUGCCAUUGUCUCAUUUCGUUCAGAGUCUCUAAAACAAAAGGAUUAGCUAGAAAUGUGGAAAGAAACUGAUUAACGGUACAAAGGUAGGCUACGUUUUUUUUUUUUUUUUUGGGUGAAAGGCAUGCUAAUUGCUACGUUGACUUUAAUUUUAUUUCAUGUUUCAGAACUCAAACUUACGGCACAUUCACAAUGAAAUUUUGAGAUGAUUGGGGAUCUGAAUGAUGAGAAUUUUGAGAUUGUUAGGUCUGCAAGGGUAUCUGUUAUUCUAGACAGUGUAGGGAUAGAAUCGCUUGGGCUGCUGCUGUGCAAGGAACGUUUGGAGCUUAUGCAGGCUCCCCAAGGAGAUCUUGAGGAUGAGGCAGAACCUGCCCCUGAGGACUUCGAUCCUAUGUCCUCGGACUCCGGAUCUGAUGAUGACAUUUCUGAUUACGAUUCACCUCCUAAUUAUCCCUUCUAGGUUCUUAUAGGAAGUGUUUAGUUCAGGGGGAGUUGUCCUGAUUGGUUAAAAGUGUCGUGUUAGGGUGUUGUUCUUGGUUCUUUCUUUAUCAGUUGUUAUCAGUGGUCAACGUUGUGACAUGCGUUCUAGAUGAAAUAAAAUAAGCAUUUUUCUUUUCAAAGUUUUAAGAAUUCGUAUGAGAACAGACUGCCCCAAGUGUUUAUUGAGUGUGUGCAGGAAGGCUAUUCACAGCGACAGGAGCCAUUGACUAGCUUAGGGGGAGUAUAUUGUGGGAAGCUCGUCAAUGCUCUGAACCGCCAGCUGAGAAUAAUAUCUCUCAAGAAGGAAAGUCUUCAAGCCACGAUUUGAUUCAUUUAGAGAAGGAAAGUAUAUAGUGAAACAAGAAAGGAAGAUCGCACAAAUCAAGAGGAAAUCAUUGA